AUGGGGCACUUCGCAAACGAUUGUGGAAAGGCUGGUAAUGACAAAGGGAAGAGCAAGGCUUUGAUUUCAUCAAAUCAGGACUGGAUGAAGUCAACCGAGUCAGAAGAUGAAGAAGUGAAUUAUGCUCCUAUGGCAAAUGCAGAAGGAGAAGUCACACCAACUGAAUCAACUACUAAUAAGGUACAUUCAAAAAUCUUUGAUAUUGAUACUGAUAACAUAUCUGAACUAAAAUCUUUUCUUAUGUCACUGCAUGUUAGCUUUAAGAGUCUGACUCUUGAGAACAAUAGACUUAAGACUGAAAUUCAGACUCUUGAGAACAUUAGACUUAAGACUGAAAUUCUAAACAUUAAGAAAAGGAAUGAUCAUGUUGAAUCUGAGUUAGUUCUUAUGCUAGAAAUCAAGAAAGAAAGAGAUAUUGCCUUAAAUAAUGAAAAUCAAAUAAGAAAGAAGUGUGUCAGCUUAGAAAUAGAACUUAAUGCUGAAAAAGAAAAGAUAAGUCAAUGGACAAGCUCGGGAAGAGAAGUUCAAGAACUCUUAACUAGUAGGAACUGGAAGGAAGGUCUAGGAAAAAUUGCUUACACUGGUCAUAGACAUGGUAACAUUUAUGAAGCCAACCUUCCCAACAAUACUGAUGGCCCUACAACUUGUCUAAUGAGCAAGGCAUCUGUUGAAGAAAGUUGGAACUGGCACAAGAAGCUCUCUCAUAUAAACUUCAACAAUAUCAAUGAACUGGCGAAGAAAGAUCUUGUCAGAGGACUUCCUAAAGUCCUAUACACACCUGAUGGACUCUGUGAUGCAUGUCAAAUUGCCAAACCAAGGAUUUUCUUUAAAAUCAAAAUGGAUCACUCAGUUACUGAUCCUCAUCACAUGCUCCACCUCGAUCUUUUUGGCGCUGUCAACGUCAUGUCAAUAGGCAAGAAAAGGUACACUCUAGUCAUUGUUGAUGAAUUUUCAAGGUUCACUUAG